UUUCAUGCAGUUCUAAUAAUUUUGUAUGAGUACCCUUCAGCGUUCAGUUAUUAGAUAACUUUACCCCCUUUUAGAAUGGAACAUUCGCACUUGCGCAGUACAACCCAUGCGUUGUUUCCACAGAAGUCGGCCACUGCGUUAGUUUUGGAGGACCUCAAAAUGUCCCUGAAGCUCCCGCGAUUUGUGAAAUCGUUCAGUCCUUCCUUCAGUCCGAAGAAGAUCCCUCGGCGCAAAUCAGCAUCGUUAUCGAGCCUUCACACAUUGGACCGGUCGACUCGGGAAAUAGAGUUGGGCAUUGACUGUGGACCUCCUUCGAUGAACAUUGGAGGACAUUCGUUGAAAUUUGAAGAUGGGCAGUGGAUAACAGAAUCGGGUGGAAAUGUAGCCGUCCGAGAAGUAGAGCGGCUUAAGAAGAAAAAUAUGCAGCUGGAGGAGGAGAACAAUGUCCUAAAAUUGAAAAUAGAAAUUCUGAUUGACAUGCUGACUGAGUCAACAGUCGAGUACCACCUGAUGGAGAAGGAAGUGGAGGAGAUAAAGUCUCAACAUUGAAGGAAUGACAAACAUGAAAUAAUGCCUUCCUCAUAGGAAGUUUUUAAGUGGAAUGUUUGCUUAGUUUAUAGCAAUAUAUGUAUACACUAAGUUUAUCUGGUAUAUUUAGUUCAAAUAGCCUUAUUUUUUUUACCUACAAUAUAACAGUCACUGUGAUUUGACUACGUGCCCACGGGCCAUCACACUCGCAAAUCUGCACAGUCGAGCACGGAAAAUCACGCGCGUGAAAUUUGUUACGAGUAGAAAUACAUAGAUAUUGAAAGACGUUGCUUAUUUUGUGUAGUCUUGACCCAUGUUCCCUCUAAACUGUGCCACUGAUCCAGCGCACUGAACCACAGCCUGACAUCUUUUUUUUGUUUUUAAACACCGACACACACGACAGCUGCUGCUCAGCCGAUUUCUACUUCCUUGUUUACCUGACACCGCCUCCCUCCGCUCUUAAAGGGGUACACACAUAAUUAAAAACAAAACACACACCCGUAACUUUAUAUUUGCUGGCAUGACUGACCACACCUGUACAUUAUUCAAAUGUGACUGAUAUAAUCAAAGUUCGUGUUUGACAAAUGAUUUUUCUAUUGCUUUCACAUUAAAGUGAAAUCUGUAACAUAGGAGUCGGUGUAGUUUUAUUGGAUGACGUUUUUAGUCCAUGGUGGAGCAAAGAGCAAUUAAACAAAUUUUGAUGUAAUAUUUUAAGAAGCAAAUUAUUCCCAGAACAAAUAUUGUGUAAUUGUUACGAAUUAAAUUUAUUUGUACAGAUUCAA